AUGUCUAAUGAAUCAGACGCGGCGACAUCUUUACGCGAUGCCAUAGUCAAUGGCAGUAUUCCGCAGGCGGAACAACUCCUCACUUCUGACCUGUCCUCUACAAUCAUCUCGGCACUUCUUGCGCAGAUUUCCCAAACACGGCAUGAGAUCAGUGAAGAGAUCAGAGAAAUAAGCAGGGAUGGAGCUGGCUCAGUGGAUCAAUGGAUUCUCCAGGCGAAGAAGGUUCAGGAGGACAUCGCCCGAUGCAAACUCGAGUCGAGACGAAUUGUCGAGGAGCACCAGCAACUCAAGGCCCUGAGCGACCGCGCAACAGACUAUCAACGUAAGGUUGAACUUCUCGACACAGAGAUCAACUUCACCGAGACCCUGGGACGGGAGCUGGAGAAUAUAUCACGGACAUCGGGAUCAUUGAGGGAAAUCGAGGAGCUUUUAGCCAGGGAUGACCCAUGUCGGGCUGCCUCAACGUUGCGUGACCUGGACAAAAGGCUUCCAAGCAAUUUCAGGUCCAGGACGACAACCAUUGUUCGAGAUCUCAGGGAUGAACUACGCCUCAAAGCUCGUAUGCAAUUGGACACCAAGCUCAAUGCUCAGAUUUCCGUUCGAAGGGAGCCGCGGAAAGCAAGCCUCGAGAUAGUCCCUGUCGAGCCUGGAUCCGACUCAGCGAACUCCGAUGCUAUUAUUCAAGCUCUUAGCGAACUAGGUGAUAUACAAGACUCUGUCGAACCUCUAACGGACAAGCUUCGAGCACUCCUCGUCCAGCCUCUUCGACGCACGGCCCGAUCGAAGCUUGCGACUUACCAGGUGGAGCAGCAUUCCUUGACCAUUGAGUUAAGCCCAACUCUCCCGUCUAUAGACUUGGUUCUCGACUUCGUGCUUGACCUUCUUAAUUUUCUACAAACUUCUCUCCCCACAACUAUACAGAUGGCUGUGGUCAGCGCAAUCCUUGAGCACCUGAUGAGUGUACUGGUGUCGGACUGGCUCAUCGCCGAGCUCCCGGUAGACCUUGCAAUGCUGGAUAGUCUCGAUAAACUGCAACAGAGAGUGACUGUAAUCAUGGACAAGCUGAAAUCACUACAGUGGACAGGGCAAACUCAGCUGCAAGACUGGAUGGAUGAUAUCCAGCGUACAUGGCUAAACAAGCGCAAGGCAGCCACACUGGAUGCUGUGCGGAAAGCAUUUGCAUCUGCAAAAGGCCAUCUCAGGCAGGUUGAGCGGGUCGAGAGACAGGUCAUAUCAACGGCCACCAAAGAAGCUAAGGCAGUGGCUGAUGAGCCCAAUGACUGGGACGUUAGUUGGGACGAAGAUCCCAAGGACAAAUCCUCGACAGAGGAAGCCCUAAAAGCAGGCGAGAAUGGUGAGGAUGAUGACACGAGCGGCUGGGGUUUUGACGAGGAGGAGAACAGCGAAGACAAAGUAGACAAACAGAACGGCCAUUCGGUGUCGCAAGACGAGGAUGAUGCAGGAGAUGCCUGGGGCUGGGAUGAUGAGAGCCCUGCUGAGACGAGGUCGGAACUGGCAGAUAAACAUGCUCUCUCAGAAACGAAUGGAGCACGAGGACAGACCGAGCAUGAGGUCACCUUGACGGAGGUCUACAGCAUCAGCGAAAUCCCCGACCAUCUCAUCGAAAUCAUAGGCAGGGAUAUCUCCGAUGCCCAAGCAUUCGAAGACACCCAACACCAGAGCCUGGACUCGUCGACAACAUCAAAAGGACUCCUGACCUUGCCGACCCUCGCUCUGGCCAUGUUUCGCGCCACCGCACCCAGUUAUUAUGGUGCAUCAUCAGCUCUGACCGAUAUCCACCGCUACAACGACUCCCUCUACAUUACCGAGCGACUUCGUGACCUGACCCUCCCAGCAGGUAUGCCGCACAUCGAAGCCGACAUCAAAUCUAUGGAGAAGUUUGCCAAAAUGGCGUACUCCAAAGAGAUGGAAACCCAGCGGAUCAUCGUGUGGGACUUGUUGGACGGGGCACAAGGGUUCACGUCGUGCACCCAGUUCCCUUACUCACAGGAGAUUGAGAACGCCGUCUCCGCCGUCGUUGAUCGCAUUCGCACGCUGCACAAGGACUGGAAAUCCAUCCUCUCGACAUCGGCAUUGAUGCAAAGCAUUGGCUCGCUGGUAACGAUGGUCAUCAACAAAGUGAUAUCCUCAAUCGAAGAGAUGGACGACAUCUCCGAACCUGAGUCCCGGAGACUCACCGCCUUCUGCCAGCAGAUUGCCAGUCUGGAGGACCUCUUCCUCUCGACUCCUCCGUCGGCAACCACUGAAACUCCAGAGCAGCCUCACGAGCCAGUUCCCAUGGUAGCUGUCUACGUCUCUAACUGGCUGCGCUUCCAAUACCUGAUCAACAUCUUGGAGAGCUCGCUCGUCGAUAUCAAAUACCUGUGGACCGAAGGAGAGCUGAGUUUGGAAUUCAGUGCCGACGAAGUGGUCGAUCUAAUCAAGGCGCUCUUCGCCGAGAGCCCGCACCGGCGAAGCGCCGUCGCCGCCAUCAAAGGUUCUCGGUCGUCCAGAUGA